UUAAUUUUAAAGGGAACCACUAUCUUCCUCAACUUGUCCUCUGUUCUGAAGGAUGAGCAAGUCUGGGAGAGACCAUAUCAAUUUUACCCCAAACAUUUCCUCGAUGAGAAUGGCAAGUUUAUAAAGCGAGAAGCUUUCAUGCCAUUUUCAGCAGGUCGACGUGUUUGUCUAGGGGAAAAGCUAGCCAGAAUGGAGCUUUUCUUGUUCUUCACAACUCUGAUGCAGCAAUUUACUUUUGAGAUACCAAGUAAAAAGCCUCGUCCAAGAGAUGAUCCCAUCUAUGCAUUUACGCUUAGUCCACAUCCCUAUGAGAUUUGUGCUGUGCCCAGAGUGUAA